AUGAGCCAAGGAUCCUCCAAAAGCUCCGUCUGUAAACCAGAGAACAUCGCCGAGAUUCAAAGACGUCUACGAGCCCGUCGUCCGUCCCUUGCAUUGUCUGAAGAUUCCCUGCGCCAAGAAUAUGAAGAAUUCCAGCGACUCAAUGACAGGACCCCCGAUGAGCAGCUCGUGAUCAAUAAAAUCCUUCCUGUUCUCGACGGUCCACAACAGUUCUCCUUCCACAAUGGCGGCAACCACCCAUUCACGAAUCUGGCGCCGCUCACGAACGGCACUCUUGCCAAUGCCAAGCCUGAUGUUUACCACGGCGCGCAGCCUCACCAGCUGCAUCCUCAUGUCCGGGAACAGCUCAGUGACCAGAUCAUCCCUACCCGGCAUAGCAGUCGUCCCAUCACGCCUAAUUUCUUCGUCGAGGCAAAGGGCCACAGUGGCUCGCGGCCCGUGCUGAAACGUCAGGCCUUGUAUGAUAGCGCCCUGGGCGCCCGAGCGAUGCAUUCCCUCCAGCAAUAUGGACAUGCGCAAGAGGGGUGCCGCAGCAGCAGCAUUAAUAGCAUCGACCGACCACAGGAUGAUAAUGAUUGCUCCGAUCCUGCUCCUGCUCCUGGCGAGUAG